CAGCCUCCUUCCAAUCCCACCAAUUUUCUUUCACUUAUACUCAAGGAUAAACCCAUACGAGACUGUUAUGUGAUCGACCCUCUGAUGCAAAUACCCUUCAGUCUGCUUCCUCCACUGAAUACUGGAGAAACAGACCAGGACAGAAAAAAUCUGUACCUUCGUACAAGGGACGGGAGUAUUGACGCUGAUAUUUGGUUGAUCGGUCAAGAGGAAGCUGCUCCUAAGAAUGGUCGCCGCACCACCCUUUCGCUAAGCUCUAACGAUGGAAGUGUCACAGCCAAGAUUAAUACGGUCAAGGUCGUUGCACCAUUCCUGUUGGAUAUCUAUGCACGCGAUGGACAAGUAACCGUCCUUCUGCCUCGGUCAUUCCACGGUUCGCUUCUCCUGACCAGCAGGCAAAGUGUAAAGCUUUCCGACAAUCUUCUGCAACGGAGCAUCACAUUAAGCACUGUUGAGCAUACGCGGCGAUAUUUCGUCGGUGACAUUCCGCAUCGGUUGUUUGACAAUAAUUGGGAUGGGGACGAGCUCAAGGUUGUAUCUCGGGAUGGGAGAAUUAUAAUCAGAUACAGGGAUGAGGCAGAGCUGCCGAAGACUGGUUUCUUCAGUCGAAUAUUCAGCAGCUAG